GGAAAGCGGUGCCUGUUGCUGUCCUGCCGUGCCAGCAAGAGUCGUGCAACCGGAGGAAAACAUCCUACUCAUCAUUUAGCGAAAGCAAGUCAGAGAGGCCACAUGAAAGCGCAGUGCAGAUGGGGCAACACGGAGGCUUUUGCGCGUAAAAAAAAGUGAGUGAACCUACAAGAAAAAGAACCGCAGGGCCUGGAGAAUCAAUCGGAUCGUCUUUGUAUUCUUAGUCAGAUGUGGUAACUUUGCCAAACAUCACACAAUGUAAUGAUUUGCAGCGGUUUUUUGUUUAGUCUCCAAGUCUUUAGUCUCCUUGGUGCGCACUGGAGCGCAGAGCAGUUGGACGGCAACUUCCCUGCAACUUCACUGAAAUGAUGCGCAACUUUCUUCUGCGUUUUUGGCUCCCAGUUGUGGCUGUUUUUACAGCUGCGACCAAAGUUGCUGAUAGCCAAAAGAUUGAAGACCUUGGGACAUACCUGCCACCAUCUCCAGUUUAUCCUGCCAUCACCGUUCAGGUCAACAAUGUAGACCAUGUGUUUCUGUGGCAGAACAGCCCGGGUUCGUCAGGAAACUCCAGCCUGAAGACACAGACUUUUCUUAUUACUGGUUCCAGUGCCGGGCCCCUCCAGCCGGCUGUCAACGCCUCAUACGGACCCCUGUCUGUAGACGCGCCCAUUCCCCCAGACAUGCUCCUCAGUGGGUGCAGAAUCCUACCUGUCAUUUUGGCCCGUCAAGUUCGUUCGUCAUCUCCUGUGGUCAAGAUCCUCUUCCAUAUGCCCUCAGAAGGUAACUUUUCUGUUCACCAACAAAAGACGGGUUCUGAAGGGGAUGGUGGGAAGAAGAGCAGUGGAGCUAAAGGCAAGGAUGGGGCCCACUGUGUGACGGCCUACGCUUUCUGGGAGACAAGAGAAGUUCGUGGAUCAUGUCUGGUGUCUCCAGGUGGAUUCUGCGUAGCUCAGCUAAAGCCAGAACCAGCCUGGUUUAGUUCGGCUAGUCGAUCCGGCAGCUCUAGCAGGGAAGCAGGGAGAACCGAAGGAAUUAAAGGGCUUCAGGGAAACCUUGUGGAAGUCUAUUUCCAGAGCCGUAGAGACCAGACAGGCCAGUGUACCCCACAGGACAGUCUGCAGCGAGUCGGAGUGGGUAGAGGUGGGGGUCCUCAGGGCUCUGGGACGCCGAUGAGGCGGAUAGGGAGUGUAAAUCUGCUCCGCUCCUCACCUGGAAACCCCACCUUCCUUCGGCUGAGGCUGGGAGGAGCAGUGGUGAUCCAGACCUCAUCGAAGCCCCUGAAGACCACAGACAUUACCACCUUCUAUGUCUUCUUAGUUAGCACAUCUACAUUGGAAAAUUUCACCCUAAGGGCGACAGUAAAGACCGGCCUGUCAUUCACUGCAGCACGGCCCAGUGACUCUGCACUGUGGGACAUCAUGGUGGAGCCGGGCCGAGGAACAACUCCCAACACUGUCACUGUCGUUUGCCAGAGGAAGGUUGCAGUGACUGCAAAAAGGGGUCUUCUGGAGGUUUUACAACUGGACUUUAUACCAAAGGAUGUUUCCGAACACAUUGAGAGUCAAGCAAUCUCCUGGCGUCUGGAGUUACCAGGGAAUGUGAAGGAUGUGGGCCUGAUGCGGAUCUACACGACCCGGAGGGACUAUGUGGGGCUGGCACCACUGGUCAUGAACACUGACAUCUUAAAUACUGCAGUGCUGACAGGUAAAAAUGUGUCAGUCCCUGUGAAAACGCUGGCUGUGGAGGCUGAUGGCUCAGUCACCGAUGUGACCAAUUACACCAGCUGUAGGUCCACGGAGGAAGAUGUGCUGAAGGUGUCAGAGCGAUGUGACUAUGUGUAUGUCAGCGGGAAAGAGACAAAAGGGAAGAGCAGGGUGAUGCUCAACUUCACAUACGGUUUUCUGAGCACCCAGCUGGAGAUGAGCGUAUGGAUGCCCCGCCUGCCCUUGCUUAUUGACGUAGCUGACCCUGAGCUGAGCCAGAUCAAGGGCUGGAGAGUCCCUGUUACUACAGGCAGCAGGAGGUCAACAUGGGACAGCGAGGAAGAGGAGGAGAUGAGAAAGGGUAGAGGCUGCAUGCUGCAGUACCAGCAUUCUACAGUCAGGGUGUUGACGCCGUUUAUAGCCCAGCCUGACACUGAGAUGCUGCCAGACGCACUGACAGAGGAGGAGCCUGUCGAAUACUUCCUGGGAUCUGAUUGGCAGGUGGAUGUGACCAAUCUUGUACGUUCCUCUGUAAGAGUUGUGGACUCUGAAGUGGCCAGGGUGCUGGAUGGAGUAGUGCUGCAGGGACGAGCCGUGGGCACCACCACUAUACAGGUGUUGUCGCCCUUGACACUGUCUGUCCUGGCUGAGAAGAGCAUCAAGGUGGUGGAUGAUAAAGUCAGUGUGACGGAGCUGGGGGUGCAUCUGGUCUCUGGACUCUCUCUUUCCCUACAGCUCAGCCCAGGAAGUAAUAGGGCAAUUGUUGCCACAGCAACCACACGAGAGAUCAUCACACAGCUUAAACAGGAAGCUGUGGUCACCUGCUGGGUUCAGUUCAGCGAUGGUGCAGUCGCUCCUCUGGAGUUGUUCGACCGCAGUAUCUACUCCUUGACAGUUUCCACCCCAGAUGAGAGGGUGGCCACGGUACGCCGCACCCCCCAGUUCACAUUUGUGGUCGCCCAAGGUGAAGGUGAGGGCCAGGGAGCUCUAGUGAGAGUGGAACUGAGAAUCUGUGAGGAAUGUCAGAAGUCUAAGAGGAAGAGCAAAUUGGUCGUGGGCAUCGGGCUCCUCAGGAUGAAUUUCCAGAGUAAUAGCCUACCCGUCACUGAAGGAGGGGCUGGUGGCGGCGGUGGUGAUGGCAGGGUUAGCACUGAUAGAAUUAAAGAUUUGGAUGGUGGUGCGUCAGAAGUGGUAGGAGAGAUUAAAACAACAGUGACGUCACAGCGCGCCGUGACAGAUGGAGACAAACGAAGCACAAUACCUGAUCAGCCCACUGUGGAAGAAACUUCAACAGCAGUUUCAACCAGACCUGUUCAGCCACAUGUUGUGUGGAUUGGAACCACAAUCAGAGCAACAAGAGCUACCACAUAUGAAGUCAUUCACAAGACAACGACUACAGCCAAACCCAGCCUAAAUAUGCCACAGACGGCCAAACCUGUAGAUACAACAACAGCUGUCGUAAGCAAAGGAGAAGGGCAGAGGGUAAGCUACGGAAACAUAGUUGAAAACCCAAACUCACCUUCCAAUGUAGACUCGCCUAAAGCAGAACUGACACCCAAGAAAGAGCAGCCGAAAUCAAAAUCCCCCAAAUUCAUUGAGAGUGAUCUAAUCAGAACAUUCAAAGCCAUGACAGACUUGGAAAUUGGCAUGUAUGCUUUGGUUGGAGUCUCAUGUGUGGCUAUCUUGGCUUUUUUGCUCAACUGUGCUUCAUAUAAUCUCUGCUUCCGAAACCAUAAGACUCCCAUACAGCAGAGCCCACCCCCCACUGCAGACCCUAAAGAUCACAAGCAUGACUGGGUGUGGCUGGGAAGCAACAAUCCCAGCACUCAGGCUCCGUGCGCCCCUCCACAAGUGUCCACGCUAAAACGUGAAGCCCACCGUCCUCUGGAGUCUCGUCAUUCUAUAGACGUGAUGCCCCCACUGCCCACUGUGACCGCCCCCGCUGUCCCUGAGAGGACUGCCACCCUGGGCCGCUGCAGGGCCAGCUCUCAGCAGCAGCUACAGGGAAAGGCUAUUGAUCCCAUGGCGAACCGCUCUGCUACUUUAUUAGCCAGGCCACAUCGCAGUGAGCCCCUUCAUUCACCUACUAGUAAGAGGAACCAGGUCCAGUUCACCACCUUCACCACACUGGACAUUAAGCACUUGGCUGCUCUGAAGAAGAAUGGUGUGGAUUUUAACUGGGCCAACCAGCAGACGCAGCAACAGCAAGCCCCUGCUGAGCCCCAGACACCUUUACCUGACAUGCCGUGGCCUGUGGUGAAACCUCUCGGAGAACCUCAGUGAGUGUGUCGGGGUGUUUGUGUUUGGAUAGAAGUGAAUGUGGAAGUAAGCAGGAAAAAGAGACUAAAAAGUGACGUGCAGCAUGUUCUAAUGUAGAACAGCUAAAAUUAGUCACAUGGCUUUCAUUUUUGUGAAGGAUGUAUUUAUUGAGAAGGACAUUUCAUGUUAUUUUAAAAGCUAUGCAAAGUGAAUAUGUGUAAAUACAAUCUGUGAUAUUACACUAAAAGAGACAAAGGAGAUAUAUGUUAAUUUUAUAAGUAUUUGAUUACAGUUUUAUUGUCUGAAGUAGCAUUUUAAAAACAUACUGUUUGCUCUCCCAUUGUGGUAAGUGCUAUAAAUAUACAUAUAUUUAUACUAUUAUGUAUUUCUAUGUUUCUAACUAAAAAAGAAUAAUUUUUCAUCAUCUUUUGUACAAGUUUAGUACCCUUGUAGAAAAAGUUCUAGUUAUUUCUAGUGUCAGAGUAAAUGCAGUACAGCGGGAUUAUUUCUUGUAAGUAAUUCUAUGUUUUUCCAGCCUUUUCUAUUUUCAUUCUUUGAUUCCUCCAGAGAAUACCUGAAGAGUUUGUGCAAUUUGUCAGAGAACACACAACAUUUAUCAAGUUAUUGUGAACAAUCUCACCAUAUUCUACACUGGAUAUUUAUUCAAAUCAAAUGCAUACUAUGCAAAUAUAGCCUGUGCAGACUUAAAGUGGACAUUUUUUCCCCUGAAUUUCUAACUAAGUUACCUUGAGCUUCGGGCUUCUCCUGAGGGUCUCGUACUACAGUUUGUAAAAAUGGUCUAUUCUUGGCGUCCUGAAACACCAAUAAGAGUUUCAUGGUGGGAUUUUUUUUCAUGUGUAAAUGAAAACCUAUGAUGCCUUCUAUAUGUAACAUUCUCCUACUGUUAAACCAAAAUGUGUUGUUUUUCCUAUGCAAUCCUUUUCAAUAAAGAACUACUGGUUGCAUUGGUUAUGGUAGAAAUGAAACUUAAA